UUUGUGGGUGUGUGCGAAACCGCGAUCGAGGGGGAAGGGGGCGGGGGUGUUGCAAUGGUAAAAACAUGGGGAAGGAUAGGCUGCGCUUUGGUAGCUCAAAGCUGACUGCCGUGGAGACAGCGCGCAAUAUUCAUGGCUUACGGCAAGGACAGUGUACCACAAGAAGCGGAUCUUCACUGAAGCUGCUCAGAGAACGCCGAAGAUGGUGUGGAAGACGAAGUUGACUCUCCUCUGCCUCCUCCUCUUGGGCACUGGAACUGCAGAGUGCAGUGCUGGCGUGCACUGCCCCGUGUGUCCAGUGGGGGCGCUGCACCCGGUGCGGGGGUUCCUGGAGAGCUUCGGGGUGGGGCCGGGCUGUGCGGCCCGGGAGACGGAGGGGAAGGAGACCCACGUGAUCUCCGUGGGCAGAGCCCCUCCUGGGUCAGAGAAACAGGUGACGGUGAUCCUGAGGCCCCUGUAUUUCUCUCGGCCCCCAAACCGAACUCUCGCCUUGGUGCUGAGCUCCCAGAAUCUCGUGCACUGGCACCUGGAGGGCGAGCACUUGCCUGCCAGCCUCUCCAUCCUGGCCCAGGUGGCGCCGCCCUCCACGGUGCAGUCGCGGAACGUGGCCCAGCAGGUGGCGCUGGUGUCCGGCCUGCCCUGGCGCCCGCAGGACCUGCUCCGCUGGAGCCUGGAGCAGCACGGUGCCGUCUCCUCCCUGACCCACGCCCCCAUCGCCAACCGCGUCUACAUCCGCCUGGGGGAUGAUCCCACAAUGCCGAGCGUGUGCACGCUGCGGUCCCUCUUCCUGUCCCGCAGCUACCUGACCUCUGACCUCCAGCCCAAGGGGGUGCAGGGGUGCGUCCCCACGGGCCCCGGCCGGGACCCCGAGGUGCACCUGAUCAGACUGCUCUCAGCGGGGUCCGCCAGGCAGGGCUCUCUGCAGGUGGAGGUGUCGGUCUCUCUGCUGCCCCCGGUGGCCGGUGCUGGAUGGUACAGGGUUGUGCUCAUCCUCAGCAGUGGCGCUCCUGUCAACUGGGUCCUGACGGCCAAGGGGCUCCGGGGGCAGGUCUCCGUCUACUCAUCCAAUAGCGUGUCCCCGCUCUACCCUGCUGAGCCCAGCCUGACCCUGACCAGCAUCCCCAGCCAUGACCUCCCGACCCAUGACCUCCUGGGCUGGGCCAAUCGGAGGGGCUUCCCAAAGGUGACCUCAUACACGGAGGCUGACCUGGCCAAUCGCUUUGUGAUCAGGCUGGCUGGGGGAGGGACAGACGGCCGGCUCUCUCCCCGUGCCCCGGUGGUGUGGCCACAGCGCCCCCUGGUGGAGAUGCAGGAGCGCAGCCUGAGAGAGUGGCUGGUUCGCUGGGGCGACUGGCCGGGGCGGAGCCGGGAGCCCAUGGACGUGCAGUGCCGGGACGGGCAGCUCAGCGUUGCCAUGGAUUCCAGCAUCCUGCAGUCCCUGUCCCCGGCGGUGAAGUCUGUAAGUCUGCGUGAGCGUGGCUGUGAGGCGCAGUCCAAUGGCAGCCACUUCCUGUUGGAGUUCCCUGUCAUUUCCUGUGGGACGGAGGCGGUGAUGGAGGCCCAGCCCAGGGGGGUGCUUUACAAAAACAUGGUGCUGCUCUGGAGAAGCGGGGCUGCUGGGUGGCUGCGGAACGAGACGGAGACAAGCAGCUGGCUGAGUCCCCUCAUCAUCCACUUCAGCUGUUUUGUUGCCGUCCCCGUCCCGCCCACCGUCCCGGAGGUCACCCCGUUCCCGCAGGAGCAUGAGGACCCGCUGAGUUUCGGGGACCCAGCGGACGGGGCAGGCCCCGGGGUCACGGUUUUCGCCCUGCGGCUUUUCGGGACGGAGGAGUUCCUGGAGAAAACGACCGGACCCUGCGCCAUCAUGGCCAAUAAUCGAGUCUAUGUCGAGGUGUCGGUGAACGGCGUGGAGCAGGGGGCUGUGGAGGUGCACUCCUGUGUGGUGUCGCCCCUCUCGGACCCCGAUGCGUCGCCGGGCUGGGCCGUCAUCCAGGGCGGCUGUCUCGUCGAGCCCACGCUGCGGCAGAUUGGGAAGGCCGGGGUCGUGGGCGCAGACGGGCGGGAGGGGGCCCGCGCCCUGAGGUUCAGCUUUGUGCUGCGGCCCCGCUACAUGAAUCCCCUCCAGUUCCUGCACUGCAAGCUGCACUACUGCAAGGAGGGGCCCCCCGGGGCCCCCACACAGGACCGCUGCCAGGGGAGGCCCCGCCUGCCCCCCCUCAUCGCUCAGCCCCACGGCCAGCAGUGCGAGUACAGGUACCUGCUGCGCCCCAUGCUCGUCACCCUGCCCCUCGGGCGGGCCCAGCCGCCACCGUUGUCCGGCCCUGAGGUGGACCCUGGUUCAGUGGUGGGAGUUUCGUUUGCUGCUUUCCUUAUUGGCAUCAUCCUGAUGGGGACGCUGUGGUGCAUCUACACACGCACAGGCCACCCUGCCAGGGUUACGCUGCCACAUAGAAGAGGCAUUCUGCAGGAGCCUGUGGACCAAACCAUUGCCAAUUGGACACCCCCGAAUCAGGUGGAACAGUCCGUCAGUUUCAUGUGAAGGAUUUUUUUGUUUUGGGAAGAGGAAAAAAAAGAGCAAAGACUGAAGAUUGUGUGUGUAUGUGUGUGUGUGUGUGUACGAGUUGGGUGAGUGAAUGUCUUGCCAAACGACACGCCAAACUUAAUUCGCUCCACUCUCAACACUGAAAGCAACACACUUUAUAUGCCGCUGAACUGGCCCCCUAUUGGUCAAAAUGCUUAGGGAGGGUGUGGCAUUAGAAGUGUUCUGGGGGGAGGGGAGUUUGUCUCGAUUCCUGUAAAAUACAGAAAGUAAAGAACGAGGAAUAAGAUAAAAGAAAAUAUUUUACCGCGGGAGCUUUGGUUUUACAAGGGGAAAAGAAUAUAUUGGAUAUUGUGUAUUUCUAUGUAUCUGUGACCAUACCUGUGAUGUUUUCUGCUCAGUUUCUCAAUAAAAUAGAGCCUAGAAAU